AUGACCACGGCUACCGAAAGAGCCAAUCACUGCACAACACGUUUGAAUUUGCCCUCUAGCCGGUACAAUCUAGUAGAUUCUUGGCAUGGUAAGUCCCGCGUCCGCGUCGCCAAAGUGCGACGUGAAGGAACUCGUCACGCUUUUGUAGAGCUCAAAGUUGAGAUCCUACUGCGAGGUGGUUCUGCACGAGCCUUCACACAUGGUGACAACUCACACGUUGUCGCUACAGAUACGUGCAAGAACCACGUCUACAUGCUAGCCAAGACGCAUCCGUGCAGUUCACCAGAGUCAUUCGCGCUCGUCUUGGCGGAGCGGUUUUUACAUACAUAUAGCUGGCUAACGCAGGCAAACGUCACUGUCAUGGAAGUGCCGUGGAGAAGAGCCGAAGUGCUUGGCAAGAAUCAUCAACACGCGUUUUCGCUAACGGCGGACGGAAGCAGGAAAGCCACUGUUCAACUCAUCCGGGAGAAGCACGGUUCGCCCACGGUUGAAUUGGUUUCAGGACUGAACAGUUUGUCAGUUUUGAAGACAACCAAAAGCGGUUGGGAAGGUUUUGUCCAAGACAAGUACACCACUCUGCCCGAAACCAACGAGCGAAUUUUAGCGACGACGAUAGACGCCCAGUGGACGUACCGGUCAAACACAAUAUCCGCGCUGCACACUAUGCAAUUCUCGCGCGUUCAUGACGGCGUGCGACGAGCUCUCCUCGAAUCGUUCUACGGGCCGCCAGAUACUGGCCGCUACAGUCCGGGUGUCCAGAAGAGCUUAUAUGAGAUGGCGAGAGAAGUGAGGAAAAGGGUCAAGGAGGUCGAUAGCGUUACCCUCUCCUUGCCCAAUCUGCACUUCCUUCCUUGUCGCAUCCCCGUCUUUUUGCAAAAUGGGAUCAAAUUCGAAGAUGAUGUAUUCAUCCCAACGGAUGAGCCCCACGGUAUCAUCGAAGCUUCUGUUGGAAGCCCCAGGCUCUCUCGAUUGUGAGGAAAAGAGCGAGUCCUUGUGAACUCUCUCAGUUUUAUGCCGUGGCCGGUAAUAUUGUACGUUUGAGACAGGCGAGCUUCGUGGCGAUCUCUCGUUUACGGCUGGGGGCUUACGGCAUUAAAAAAAAAAGCCUGCAUCCUACGGCAUUUCGUUGUA